AUGGCGCAACAGGGCGAAGCAGCAGGCUAUUACAGCGGCGCACCGCAGCAACCACAGCAAACCUACUACCAGGGCCAGGAAUACGGACAGCAGCAGUCCAUGAACUACAGCCAACAACCUCCCCAAUAUGGCAAGAACUACGCUCCUCCCCAGGGUCCGCCACCUAUUCAGCACUCACCGGCACAACAGAAUGGCUACGCGCAGAUGGACUACGGCGAGAAGCCAAGCUUCGACCAGGCCUUCAAGAUUGAGAAGCCCAAGUACAACGACUGGUGGGCUGGUCUGCUCCUCAUUGCAGUUUUCCUAGGAUACGUUGCCGUCUCGGCGCUCUCCAUUAGAGGCUACGCGCAAAACAUCGACUUCAAUGGCGGGAUCUACGGCGGUCAGAACGACUUUGGUCUGGACUCCAACACGGUCAUCUUGUUCGCUUUCGUGCUCGGUAUGGCCACCAUCCUCAGCUACGCCUACAUGUGGGCAGCGCGCGCCGCCUGUAAGCAAUUUAUCUGGAUUACCGGCAUUCUCAACAUCAUCUUCGGGUUCGUCACGGCACUGUACAUGCUCUCGCGACGCUACUGGUCCGGCGGUAUCGUUUUCCUCAUCUUUAGUGUCUUCUAUGUGAUCUGCUUCAUCAGCUGGAUUCCUCGCAUCCCCUUCAGCGUCUUGAUGCUGCAAACUGCCAUCGACGUUUCCAAGAAGUUUGGGCAUGUGUAUGUCGUCUCUCUUGUUGGAGGUCUCAUCGCUAUGGCAUUCGGUGCUUGGUUCUCUGUCACCCUUGUAGCCAUCUACGCGAACUACCAUCCUGGCAACAACCCUGCGUGCAACAACGGUACUGGGAGCUGCAGCAACGGCAAGGUCAUUGGCUUGAUCGCCUUCGUCACCUUUGCCAUGUACUGGUUUUCCGAAUGGCUUAAGAACACGAUCCAUGUCACCAUCUCCGGCGUGUACGGCGCGUGGUACUUCAACCCAGACACCGAGAAGUUCCCCAAGGGUGCGACUCGCGGCGCGCUGAAGCGUGCUUUGACCUACAGCUUCGGAAGCAUUAGUCUUGGUAGCCUGCUCGUCGCCAUUAUCCAGUUCCUACGACAGAUCUGCUCGGCCGCCCAGCGGUCGGCUGCUGGUGACGGUAACAUUGUCGGUUCGAUCUUGUUCUGCGUUCUCGGCUGUCUCAUCAGCAUCCUCAAUUGGGCGGUUGAGUUUUUGAACCGCUACGCCUUUUCGUACAUUGCACUCUACGGCAAGUCGUAUAUUGCGGCUGCCAAGGAUACCUGGAAGAUGAUCAAAGACCGCGGUGUCGACGCACUGGUCAACGAAUGCCUUAUCGGCCCGGUGCUUGCCAUGGGCGCGACCUUCAUCGCAUACGCAUGUGCGCUGCUUGCAUACUUGUACCUCGUCUUUACAGCGCCGGCUUACAACGCCGACGGCGGAUACACCCCCGUCGUGGUCGCGUUUGCCUUCCUGAUCGGUCUGCAGAUUUGCAACAUUUUCACCACGCCUUUAAGCAGUGGUAUCGACACGAUCUUUGUCGCAAUGGCUUGGGACCCCGAAGUCCUUAUGCACGCACACCCUGACCUUUAUCAUCGGAUGAUCGCAGUGUACCCGCACGUGCAGCAGGCUAUCCACGCGUAA